AUUACCUUUCUCCUCAAUCGUCUACGCAGCGCGCCAUGCGUUGAUGUGAGGCAAUUUGACAGGCCUGCCCUUCAUCUGACAUGGCGAAUCAGACGCCGCAGCUGCCGGCCAUGGUCACUACUCACCCUUCGCCUGGCUCGACGGGAUCAUCGCAGCCCAGCGCCCCUCAUCCUCACUUUGCAGAUGGCGAUGCCUGCGAGCGCCACUCGACGAGGUUGUCAACUCUUCUGAGAAGGCGCAAGACGAAGAAUGGCACUGUCGAAGAAGCUGCGAGUGAAAAGGACGAGCGAGAUGACGACGACAAGAAGACUCGCGCUGCCUCUCUAGCUGCCCGGCUGCAUAUUUGGCCUCUGCCGGCCCACGUCGCCUGGUUCAUCCCGCCCUUCAAGUCAUGGACAAAGAUGAAGCCUGUCCUGCGCUCAGCACUCAUCGCAUGGAUAGCGAUGUUCUUUCUCGUCAUCAAUCCUGUUGAGCGCUACCUAGGCAACGCUUCGUUCCUCGUCCUCGUCUUUGCCCUGCUCCAACCAGCAGAGCUGCCUCUCACAGGCAUCCUCGAAAGGGAGCUCUUCAUGCUCCUCUUUGGCGUCAUAUCAUGGGCCUGGACCUGUGUGGCGAUCAAGAUCUCCUACGCAGCGCGCAAGAACAAAGUGCCCGCUUCUCAGGCCAAUCUGCGCAGCAUCUUCAUGGGCGAGUACAUUGAGGCGGCCCCGUCUAUCGUGUGCUGCCUCUUCCUCGCAGCGGGAUCGCCCGUCUGGCUCUACCUCAAGGUCCGCUUUGGUCCAUCUCCCUUCGUCUUCUCUGCCAUCAUCGCAGCGUUGGCGCUCGACAUCUUUCUCACCGAUAUUCCGCUCUUUCCCUACCCAAACUACCUGGUAGGCAAAGCGGUGCUUCUGCCCAUGGCAAUCAAGUCGGCCGUCACGCUCAUCGUAUCCGUCGUCUUCUUUCCCAAGUCGGUCAAUUCGCUCUUCGUAGACCGUAUUGUACUCGUGCUCAAGCCGCUGAGCGCUGCGAUCAGGGCACAAGAGGAGAUGUUCAAAUCGUCGCCCCUGGAUCCCGAGUUCGACUUUCUGCGCGUACGCACGACUAUUGGACAGAGCGAGCGAGCCAUUCCCCUCGUCGCUGCAGCCACGCGCCUACUCUCCCGCGAGAUCAGCUUCGGCCUAGCAUCAGGCGAAGACCUCCGUACCGUAGAGCGGCAUGUUCGCGCGUUGGUAGCACCUGCAAACGGAUGGGCGCAGUAUUUCGCCCUGUUGCAGCGAGACCUUCGCAUUGGCCACUUCACGAGCGAUGCACCUGCGCAGGAGAAGUCCAAGUCCGCCACUCACACCGCACCGCACACUGCACCGCCCAGUCGACCACCGAGUCGACCCCCCUCUCCAAGUGCCCCGGGCACGCCUCGACAUUCGCAUAGUCGCCCGCCGAGCCGGCCGGGUACACCACGCCUCGAAACGUCUACGGAGCCGGGCACGCCUCAUCCCUCGCGGCCUAGCUCAAUCCAUCGGCAUGGCCACCAUCACCAUCAUCAUGACCGAGGAGGACGCGUGGCCGCUCUCCUCGCGAAAGCUCCCAUCUACUCUCACCUGCAGCAGCGCCAUUCAUACCAGGGGAGCGGAAGCGGACCCGAUACCCCUUCCAGUGCCGCUCGCCUACGAGGCGGCUUCUUUUCCGGACACCACACACCCGAUCGCCAACCCGUAGGCGUCUGGGAGUCUCUGCGCUUCUCCGAGAUCGAUCAACGUCUUCACACCAAGUCGGCUGACUUCAUCACCGACCAAGUUUUUGGUCUGUUGGGUGAAAGCAGCGAAAAGAUCAUGGAGGCGAAUGCGGCUGCGCUCGACUAUAUUGUUGAAUGGCUUGCAACGCUCAACAAGCAGCGGUACGCCUUGCUUCUUGCGAGAUUCACGGGAAGGAGGGUAGAGGCGGGAACCAAGGAGGGGAAGACUCGCAAGCCUACAUUGGAGGUGAUUGCCGAGUUGGAGGCUGCGCUUGACGCUUUCAAGACAAAAGAGAGACUGCAGGUCAUCGAUCUGUUUAAGCCGUCGGUAGAGCACCCUGGAGGAAGCAAGACCUUGCCGCAUCGCUAUCUCUUCCAGGCUUUUGUACACCAGCACACGAACAUAGUCUUCACGGACCGCCUGCUCGUUCUGCUGCGCUACCUUGAGCAGUUAGAAAGGGAACGUACGCGAGGGAGAAUUUGGUGGCCGUCAUGGCCGCGCUUCCUCACUCGGCAGGCAUGGGCAAAUGCCGUCGGCAAGGACAGAAGUGGGGGCGGUGCAGCUGAUGCGCGCGACAGGACGAGCAGGGAUGAUGUUUACCACGAUGAUGAUCAUCACCCAGAGAACGAUUGGUAUCAGAGUGGUCUAGGCGGAGCUUCGCCGCGUGACCCGGACUGUCUGGAGCCGACGAGCGGGAUGCAGAGACUGGGCACUUCGAUUCAUCGCUGGCUGGGCAAGGCCACUUCUGGCAAUAUGCUCUUUGCGCUCAAGGUUGGCGUGCUGACGGGACUGGUGUCGAUGCCCUUCUUCUUCAAGAGGUCGGCUGGCUGGGUGCAGAAGGAGAAAGGCCUCUGGACUCUCUUCAUGGCCCAAGUCACCUUCGGCCGUCAUCGAGGCGACUCUAUCUCACAGCUCGUAGCGCGAAUAGUCAGCACAGUGGCGGGCGCAAUCGUCGUCCUUCUCAUCUGGUACAUCUCCAGUGGCUCCGGCCGUCCAAGCCCAUAUGCGAUGAUGGUCGUGUGGGGCAUCGCGGUUGUGCCCAUCUUCGUGUUCCGGCUCUACUGGCCUUUCUCUCCGCAGACCUCGCUGAUUACCGCCUUGACAAUUGCUGUCACGCUGGGCUACUCUUGGAAGGACAGCCGUAACCCUGCCCCAUACACGUCUCCAGGGUACGGAUGGGAAGUAGCUUGGCGACGCCUUCUCGAGGUCGUACUGGGCGCAACAGCUGCGGUCAUCUGGUCAUUCGUCCCGCCUUCCUCGACACUUCGACAAUACUUGCGCGAGUCACACGCGGCGGCCAUUCACAGAGCAGGAGCGCUUCACUGCCGUUACUUAGCUUUCACCCUCGAUCAUGAGGGUGAGGACCCGGCCAAGUUGAGCGCAGAUCUCGUGUCGCUUCGCGUGAAGUUGAGGACGUUGGAUGCUAGGAAGGCGCAGGUUGCUUAUGAGACUGCACUCAGGGGGCCGUGGCCAAGGGAGAGGUACGAGCAGCUCUUCGAAAUUCAGCUCGCCCUCUCAAAGCUCCUCACAGCUGCCGUGAUCGUCUCUCAACAGCUCGGCCCCUCCUACAGCAAAGCUCUGCUGCGACGCACCAAGUUCGCCCGACAAGCUUUCAUGGCGGACGUCCUCGCCAUCUACUCAAUCUGUUCCACGGCCCUCCGAACGGCUCAGCCUCUGCCGCAGAACUCGCCUGUGCUAUUCUCGCGCUACUUGAGUAACGCGGGAUUCUUGUUCGGGGACGAGAGCGAUGAUGAGGAGAGUGAGGCCGAAGAGGACGGCGAGGAGGUUGAGGGAAAGGAGGGAGGGAUGCCUAAGCGGCUGACGGUCGAGGUCCUCGAGAGCCAGGAGUACCUGAGCUUUGCCGUAGGUGUCAUCACGCUUUCGGGGAUCGUGAUGUUGCUUGACCGCCUGAUUCUGGCUACGAAGCAGCUCGUGGGUGAGAGCUUCGAGCUGCCGCCCGAGCUGUUCCACGAGAAGAAGAGGCGCAAAGAGAGGAAGACGCGAGGUAGAGAGAGGCGCAAAGACGAGGCAGGCAAAGGUCAUCAUGGUGAUGAGCAUCUAGAGCGGGGCGACGAACGCCAGGAGCAGAUCUUUGGCGGUACCGCCGAGCAGGGUGGAUCGCGCGACGAGAAGCGACAGGACGGCCCAGGUCCCGCCGUUGCCCCGCGAGGAGAGGAAGCAGCCUAGUGUUCGGCUCACACUUCACCGCAUGUACAUAUUGGAAGCUCCUGUCAUCUGUAAUUGUACAUUUACACGCCAUCACUUUUCGUCCUUCACCCUCACAACGGCCUUGCCCCACGUCUUCCUGGCGGCGAGAUCGCCAAGCGCCUCAGGCAAGCUCUCCAGACCCUUGUACUGCUUGUCGGUGAAUACGGUAGCCUUGAUCGUCUUCUUUGCGAACAUUUCGAGGAGAGCAUUCCAUGCUU